GUAGCUCCCACUUACAGCGCCGUCGUUUUGAAGUUUGAACUUUCAGAUGAAAGUUAGUUCAAAAUGCAAUGCCCUUUCGAACUGUGAAAUCAGUUUUAAUCAAAGUAUCGGAGCUUCUGAGGUAUGCGCUGCUGAAAUUGUGUACCUCGAGACAAUGUGAAAAUAAUUGAAGCCCCCAUUCCCCUUGAGGGGGCUGGGACCAAACUGAUUGCGAGUUUCCAACUUAUUGGGUGGGUAAACAUUGUAAAAAAAAAAAUGAGCGAAAUCGAAGGACAUGGCUGAAAAACUUUAGUUAAGUUGAGGCAGAAUAACCCUACAUUGAAUGAACAAAACUCAGAGGGAGGGGGGUCUGUACAUUAGGGAGGCUCUCAUCUUAGGCGUAGGAGGUCACCGCACUUCUGGAUCGUCUCUUUGAGUACUAAUUUAAAGUUGAAUUUUUGUCAUGCCAUUUCCAGAACGGACUCUGUUUACGUACGUUGAUAUCUAAUUGAAAGGAAUCUUGUUUGUAAGAUUUUUUAUUGAGCCACUGAUUAGAAUUUCUCAUGGAAUACCAUAGGUUAUUACCGAUUUAAUAUCAACAUCUAUCUACUCGAUGUAUCUAAGGUUGUGAUAGAGAUUAAGACGAAUUUCUCGUAUUACCAUCUCAUGGUACUGAGAAAGAAAUCAUCAGCAGAUAUUUGAAAAUUAAUAAAAAAAAAAUUAUUUGAUCAGGAAACUGAUUUCGAUUAGGAGGAUAGGUACUCACGGUAGGCAGAUAAUGUGGAAUUCAUUCAAUUUUAGUACAACUGGUAUACGGAUACAUUCCAUUUGUUUUUGAGUUGGAUUUUCUUGAUCUGUUUGUCAUGAAAGAAAGCAUAGUUUUCAUCUUCUUGCUGGCUAUACAACCGAACCCCGUAUUACUGCAGGGUUCCGAUGACCUAAAUCCUAAUAUACCCAAACCACCUGAAACAUUUUUUCUGAAUGGCUCGCAUCAUCUUAAUGAGUUUGAAGAGACUUUGCUGUUCCAUAAUCGCCUUUUUGUGGAUAAGACUAUGUUCAUUGAAGAGUUGAUUAGGCGACAGUUCAGUUGCGAAGUAAUCAGUCGUCCUUCCCGUUGGGGUAAAACUUUUAAUAUGGCAAUGGCGGAAGCUUUCUUCGAUAUACCACAUCACCAAAAUGGCUCAGGUGAUCACUACAAACGAGACAUGGUCAAAUCAUUUUUCGAAGGCGGAUCUGUAAUUGUGUUACCAGGUAAUGAAUCUUCCAUAGAAACAAAACCUUUGGAAAUUUCUAAAGUGGAACGUGCAAUGAAGGAAAUGGGACGUCAUCCGACAAUAUCCAUUUCCUUGGUCAGCGAUGGUGACACAUUUAACGACUUUAUCAGGAAAUUUUCUGACCAAAUAAGCGAAAUAAUUUCUACUAAAAAUUAUGCGUCAUUUUUACCAAAGUACUGUAGGCAAACUGGCCUGCCAAUUGAGUGUUAUAAACUUUUAAAUAGUACCAAAGAAAAGCUCGCUGCUAACCUCGAUAUAUUGGAACAUAGCAUAGAAAUAUUAACUGGCCUAUUAUCGAGCCAUUUCAACUCGAGAACUGUGGUAUUGAUUGAUGAAUUUGAUUACGCAUUAAACCGAAUGCUAUGGAACGAAACUGAUUUUAAGCAAACUGCAGAAUUUUUGAAUAGUUUGUUCACUCGGACAUUUGAAGGUGAGACGCGGACCAGCAUAUAUCUUGGUGUGGUAACCGGUGUGCUGCAAUUUUCGAGAUGCGAUCUAUCAGCUUGUAUAGAUAGCAGUGUAAUAAAACCGCAAUAUAUGCCACAUUUUGGUUUCACCGAGGCAAACGUUCAAACACUAAUUGAAAAAAAUCCUAGCUUUCCGCAUAAUCUGACCGAAUUGAAAACCUGGUACGGUGGCUACACGUUUGGGGAGCAUUACGGAUAUAACCCUCGCUCAAUUCGUGGUUACUUCGAAUCUAAUCGAACGGGCAACUAUUGGAUAACGAGCGUUCCAUUGGGACUUGAUUCGAGUCAUCACCAACUAUUUAUGUUGGAUAAAUAUCAAAGAUACGUCCAGCAAUUGUUUGUCAAUAGCUCAGUGCAAGCUGUACUGCGAUCAGAGAUUGAUUACUCUGAUGCUGCAAAGGACGAAUACGCUUUUCUAUCCACUUUAACAGCAAUGGGAUAUACGACGUGUGAACAAAUAUCCGAACGAUAUUAUAAUGUCCGCAUUCCAAAUAAGGAAGUGCGCGAUGAAUUCAAACAUGCAAUACGACUAUGGACGAGAAAACAUUUAAAGGAGUACUUCGAUGCGAUAAUGGCAGUUGUUGAUCAAAUUCUGGAGAAUUUCAAACUGAACAAUUUCACCUCAGUUCAAAGUAAUUUCUAUAAGCUGCUGUCAAUAGUCAAGGAAACAACUCCGGCAAAACUCCAUUGCGAUCUUAUUUUCGGAUUAUUGGUCCAACUCAGUGAUAAUUGGCAUUUGGAACGUAAAUUUGAUGACUUAAUUUUAACCUGCGGAGAAGUACAAUUUAGCUGCUACAUCACAUUAAAAUUGAAGCUCGAUUCAAAUAAUUGCAGUGAUUCCAAUCCAAUAGCAAUGAACAUCGUGAUAAAUGAUAAUUCUACUAUCGAGCAACUUACCACUGAGGCACAAACUGUCGGUACUUCGUCUUCUACUUACGACGAACGUGCUAUUCAGGGACAAACUACGAAUAUUUCUCCUAGCACGAGUAUUAAGAAACCUUUCACUAAGAUACAAAUGACAGACGACAUCAAGAAUAAGAUCAUGGAGUGUUCGAAAAAAAGAGUUGCCCAAUUUGAAGAGAAAAACGGAUGUAAAAAUAAAUACAAAUGGUACACUUGCGUUGUCAGUGGGCUAAAGAUUGUGGGCAUGUUCCCCCAUGAGUAGGUAUUAGUCUGUAAAAUUGGUACCUUUUUAUUUUUUUCAAUCAGGGAAAGACGAAAAAAAUACCAAAAAAAAAAACAAAAAAUGUGACGAAAUAAGGCGUCCAACGAUCCUGAAAGUCCCGUAAAAGUUCUGCUUUUUGCCAAUGAGUCCUACAAGUCCUGCAGUUGUCCUAUUUUUUAAAUCACCUUUCAUAUAAAGUUCUGUUUUUUUUUCAAUUAGUCUUCAAAAUUUCAAUUCAUUUCUCUUUUUUGUGAAAUUUUGAAAAAAUUUUAUUGAAAAGGGCUCAAUUUUUUUGCGGAAUUUUUUAGAACUUGAAUCAAUGGGCAAAAAGCACAAUUGUCCAAAUUGCACUGAAAAGUGGCAAAUUUGAAAUAAAAACGAAAAAAUUUAGCUGUAAGGUUUAAUGUACACGUAACAAAAGAAAUUCAAAGGUGAAACGAAAAUAUAACGGAAUUUUCGUUUUGUUUUUUUAACGUUAUGAAAAGCGCAACGAAAAAAAUUUGUUUUGCCAUCACUGGUUUUGUCUUCCUUAGAUUUUGCCUUCAAUUUAACAUUAUUGUACAUAUUGCUACCUAUUUAUAUUAUAGCCUAAGUAAAUUUUGAAUAAAUUUACAAAAUAUUCA